AUCUAUAUUCGUACUUUUUGGCAUAGGUACUCGUACGUCGUCAUUGCAUCUUGAACAUUUAACGUUUAGGUUUUUCCGUUAUUUAUUCAAUUCAAUUGUUUUAAAACACUGGCAACCGCUUGUUAAUUAACUAUACAUUUAGUCGUAUGUACAUUCAGCGGAAAAACUAACAAAAAUUGCGUGGGACUGAAAUCAAAUUGAAUAUUUUACUUUUUAAAGUACAGUGGAUAGUUAGCAUCUACAUUAGGUACGCUUAAACGUGCUCCGAAUUCAUAAGUUUGUGCAAAGUUAUGUUAUACACUUACACUUUUUUGCUGUUUGAGAAAAUUAUACAGAUUAAAAUUUUCGAAAUGAGAACAGGGCCGCCGAGAAGGUAAGCAAUGGGAACAAUUUGGUCCCGGCUUUGGAGAACCCAAAAAAUGAAGGGCUUGGCCAUGGCCUUAGAUGAAUUAUGAAUCAUCAGUUUUUGAGAGGGGCCAAAAUAGCCCAUUGUGCUGCUCUUUUUCGCUCUCGACGGCUCUGAUUAAGGGCACUUUGUACUAGAUUGAUGCAAUUUUUUUCAUUUACUAUAGGAAAUAUUGAAUCGUCAAACCUAAAUCUUAUCAUGUUCAGCUGAUCUGUAGAGCCUUCAGGAUGUUUUGAUUUUCUUCAUCAUCUGUAAUUUAUUGAAGAGGUACGGAAAGUGAUAUAGAGACAAGCCAAUGAACAUUUACCUAAGACUAACUUCUGAGAUACCCAACCUGAGAAUUCAUCGUUGGAAAACUUGAAUAGGUACCUGUAAUCGUAGUAUGCGCUUUAUUCUCCAGUGAAUUAUAUAUUUUCACCCGAUGAAAAUGGACAUCGACAUCAUCCGAGCAGAAAUAGGAAAUUCAACAUUCGCACCUCCACCGAACUCGAACUCGACCACUGGUAAUUCAACAACUCCUGACGACGAAAUACACGUACAAUUCAGUACACAUGAAAUCAUAAUAAUACUUUUUAAUUUACUAGCUUAUAUCCUUUCAAUUAUCACCAUGAUUAUCCACCUUUUCAAAUUUUUCAAUUCGAAACAAAAACAGAAUUUACAAAUCAAAAAUUUGACCAGUUAUUGCGCCUGUUUAUUGGUCAUGUAUUUGUACAUAAUCAUCUCGGUUACAUCUAUUCCUAAACUUUAUCCCGCUUCUUUCUACGUGACUGAUUUGUACAUACAUGUAGCAGCAUCCUGCUUUUUAUUGAUCAUGGCUUUUUAUACUUGUAUGUGCAUAGUUGUAAGUCAAAAAGGAUACCAUUUUCCUUGCUCCGAUGAAAGACAACUUGUCAUAUACUCCGUGAUUGGCUGGAUGGUCCCGGUACCCCUUUCAUUAAUGAUUUACUUCCUGGAAUCUUCGCCUUUCUUUAGAAUUACCACCAUUUUAUUCAUACGUUUUCUAGCCGUUAUUCCAUUUUUCAUAUCGUUAUGGUAUAUAAAAUCUAUCGGCUGGAACAGAACAAAUAUAAUUAAAAAUUUCGUCAUUCACGUACGUCUGCUGAUUCUUACCGGUGCGAUUUCGUUUAUUCCCAAUACCAUUUAUGGUAUUUUUUUGUUACUCGAUGAACAAGCUAAGUCCACCACUGUAUUUGCUGUCAUUGCCGAAACGCUUUAUUUAUGGGAAGGAUUCAUCGUCGGAUUAUGCUUUACAUUUAGAAAAGGAACGUUUGAAAACCGAAAUGAAAAUCCUAUCGAAUUGACUAAUGGGUAUACCACUGAAGUGGGGCAGGUUUUGGAUGAUGAUGAUGAUGCGUCUUGAAAUUUUAUAUUUUUUCUAUAAAAUUGAUGUCGCUAUACUGAAUUCAUCUACGACACCAACUCUAUAAAAAUAAUAAUCUCUUUCUGAAGUAGUAUGCUUGCUUAGGUAGGUUAGGUACCUACUUACAUGGAAAAUACUUCAUGUUCAUUGUGAUUUGUAACUGUGUCAAGUGUUCUUAUUUUGAAAAAUGAUAAUCUUUACCACUUUUCCAUGGUUGGAUCUCACAUGCACUUUUUAAUUUAUGUAUUUAUUUUAUUUAUACUUAUGAAUUAAAUAAUUUGGCAGCUUUUUAUACCAUAGGUACCCAUUCUACAUCAGUAUUAUGUAGGGUAGGUAUUAGGUGUGUACAUUUAUUACGUAGCGUUUUUUAAAAACAUGAAAAAUAUGUACUGUUCGUGUACCUAACUUAAUCUAAUUUAUACUUAAGCAUAGCUAUGUAUUAUAAUAUUUUGUACUCGAUAUGUUUUAUGUUUGGAUUCAGAUAAGCUCAGGAGUCAGGAGACUCUUCAAAUUGAUGCUCAUUUAAAUGUGAAAAAGUCAAUGAUUCAAAAAUAACAAUUUUUCAAAGUAGUCAAAGAACUACUUAAGAAGUCGAAAUUCGAUUUGCACAUUAUUUUUAACCUUCCAAUUCGAUUUUUGUUGUUAGGUCAUUCCAUGUCAAUUCGAAUAAAAAAGUGCGAUUUUGAAAGUCAUGUCUUUCGAUUUCGCUCAAAUUUUUUUUACAAUAUCUACUGACCCAGUAAGUGAGAAACCCGCAAACAGUUUGGUCCCAGCCCCCUCAGGGGGGUGGGGGGCUUCCAUUAUUUUCACAGAGUCUCGAGGUGCUCAACUUCAGCAGCGUAUUCCUCCAAAACUAUGAUACUUUGAUUAAAACUGAUUUCACAGUUUAAAAGGGUAUUGAAUUUUGAACUUUUCAAGCAUUUAGAAAUUUUCAAAAUUUGUAAGUUGAACUUUCAAAUUGAAUGUUCAAAUUUCAAAAUGGCGGUGUAAGUAGAAACCCCCAUUUAAAAUUCUGAAAAAAUUUCCAUAGAUGCACCUUUUGAUGCUUUUUCGAAAUAUUCAAGUUUCGAGAUGGGAUCUCUUGAUGAAAGGAGAGCACCCCCACCCCCAAUUUUGGGCAAAACUUUCAAAAAAAAAUCUGGGACAUGUGAUACAUCGAAUUGUAUGUUUUUGGUAACGCUGAACACGAAUAUGACGUUAGAUUUUUGAUUGGGCCCUAUCCACGGCCCCCAGCACCUGCCCAAAUGGGAUAAAAGUUCAAAAUAGAGUUUUUUUUCGUGCGACACAUCAAAUAGUAUGUUUUUGGUGACGCCGAACACGAAUAUGACGUCAGAUUUUUGGUUGGACCCCAUCCACCACGGCCUCCAACAAAUUUUUUGGACUUUUACCAAUUGGGGGAGAUUCUCGGAGCCAUGGGUGCGGUGAAUUAAAAAAACUAAGGCUAUAUUCGUGUUCAACGAUAUCGAAAACAUACUAUUUCAUGUGUCACAAGAUUGAAACUAUUUUUUUUUAGGUUAUCCUCCCUUGGGGAGGUGCUGGGGAGCCGUGCAUGGGUCCAAUAAAAAAUCUGACGUCAUAUUCGUAUUCAGCGUCACCAAAAACAUACUUUUUCAUGUGUCGCACGAAAAACCUCCUAUUUUGAACUUUUACCCCAUUUGGGGAGGUGCUGGGGGCCGUGGAUGGGGCCCAAUCAAAAAUCUAACGUCAUAUUCGUGUUCAGCGUUACCAAAAACAUACAAUUCGAUAUAUCACAUGCCCUAGAUUUUUUUUUGAAUGUUUUGCCCAAAUUUGGGGGUGGGGGUGCUCCCCUACCAUCAAGAGAUUCCAUCUUGGAACUUCAAUAUUUCGAAUAAGCAUCAAAAGGUGCAUCUAUGGUAAUUUUUUCAGAAUUUUAAAGAGGGGCUCCUACUUACAGCGUCAUUUUGAAAUUUGAACUUUCAAUUUUUAAAGUUCAACUUAUAAAUUUUGAAAAUUUCUAAAUGCUUAAAAAGUUCAAAAUUCAAUACCCUUUUGAACUGUGAAAUCAGUUUUGAUCAAAGUAUCAUAGUUUUGGAGGAAUGCGCUGCUGAAGUUGAGUACCUCGAGACACUGUGAAAAUAAUGGAAGCUCCCCCACCCACCCCUGAUUGGGCUGGGACCAAACUGAUUGCGGGUUUCUUACUUUUACUGGGUGGGUAGAUAUUGAAAAAAAAUUUGAGCGAAAUCGAAAGACAUGACUCAAAAACGUUGGUCGAAUUGACAUGGAAUGAUCCAAUUCUGGGAGGUAUUGUAUUUUAAUUUAUUUUAAAGGCUUGUGAUACCUAUUACCUAUCUAAUUACGCUUGCUUAUAAGUAUUAGGUACAUAAUAUACCUAUUUACAUUAAAUCUUGCGGUUUAACGUGGCUUUCUUUAGUAUUAUAAGCCUUGUACGAUACGAUUAUUUAUAAAUUUUCUACCGAAUUUCAAUUUUUGGUAAUUAGUAUUAAAUUGAGCUUAUGCAUUCAACUUUUUUUUUUCUGCUGUACAUUUAUGUUAAAUAUAGAAACCCGCUUAAUAUAAUUUAAGUAUAUAAAAAUUAAAACAAUUGAUCAACGUAUUAAUAAAUCAAAUAUGUAUUUACCUGUUUAAUGUAUAGGCUACUUCCGAUUUUUUUUUUGUGAUUCAAUAGAAUGCACCGUCAUGUAGUGUCAGUAAUAUAAGUAGCUAAUAAAUAUCUCAAUAUAAGAAUUGAUGUAACAGAACUUGGAACUAUACAAUAGACACAAUUACAUAUUUAUCCGGACACUCAA